CGGAAAAUUUUGAAAGAUUAUUCGAAUAAUGGAGGUUUGUCGGUGCGGAUGCGAGGCAUCGUCGCAAGAAUCGAUCGAUCCACCGCACGAGCCGUGCUGUUGCUGUAGUUACGAUCCAUUCAGCGACAAAGAAGCAGAAAUCUACGAUCUCUCGUUUGCCUUGAAGAAGCUCACUGUAAUGAAGUGUCAGAUGAAAAAGUGGCGAAUGGAAAGACUUCAACUCGAGAGCGAAAAUAGGUCUUUGAAACAAGCCCUCCAAUCAUUCGGUAUCGAUGUAUGAUAUUUCGUAGAUUAUCCCCUUCUCUUCUUUUUUUCUCCUUUCUGAAUCUCUCCUUCUUAUUCUUUCUCUCUCUCUC